AGUGGCAAGUGUAAGACUGUUUGCCCCUCUUGGGCUUUGGGUACCUGAAAUAGCAGGAACAAACAAUGAAAACCAAAAGAACGAGGACUGCUGUAAAAACAAACAAAAAAUCAAAUCUAAGAAAAACACAGCAGUGUAACCCAAAGUGGUACCACUACAGCCUUUCUAGACAUGCUGCUGAAGCACUUUUGCUGUCUAAUGGAAGCGAUGGAAGCUAUUUAUUAAGGCAGAGCCAUGAAAAACCCAAUCAGUAUGCUCUUUCAGUAAGAGCGCAAGAUUCUGUAAAACAUUUCCACGUGGAACGGAUUGGAACAUUGUACAGAUUUGGAUUUAAUGAAUUUGCGGAUCUGAAAGAGUUUGUUAAUCAUUUUGCCAAUCAGCCAUUACUUGGAAGUGAAACAGGUACACUGGUUGUACUGAAAGUUCCUUACCCUCGAGUUGUUGCAGAACCUUCUAUUUAUGAAUCUGUUCGUGUCCACACUGCCAUGCAGACUGGGAGAACAGAGGAGGAUUUAGUUCCAAAUGCACCUUCAUUGGGUACAAAAGAAGGGUAUCUCACGAAGCAAGGUGGACGAGUCAAGACAUGGAAAACUAGAUGGUUUACACUGCACAGAAAUGAACUUAAAUAUUAUAAAGACAAAUCGGCCACAGAACCAAUUCGGACCUUAUACUUAACUGAAUGUACAGGUGUGCAGUUUGAUUAUUCUCAGGAAAGAGUCAACUGUUUUUGCUUAGUGUUUCCAGAAAGGACAUUUUACUUGUGUGCAAAAACAGGAGCAGAAGCUGAUGAAUGGAUCAAGAUACUGAGAUGGAAACUGUCACACAACAAGAAGAGAUGACCUUACUAGCUCAACACAAGAAGAAGAGAUGGCCUUACCACCAUGACAAGACUGACAUGUAUCAUAUCGACUAGCUUGGUACUUUCUCUGUGAACCCACUGGUCAUUUCAAGCCCUGGUUCUGUACACUGUGGUGACAUACUUAACUUUAGGAGGAAGUAUAUGAAUGACCAUUACUUUCACAGUAUGACCUUCCAAAGCUACACUCAAGUGGCAUGCUAUGAAAGUAUCAUUAAAUUGAUAAAUUAGAGUCCUCACAAACUAAAGUUUUAACUGGACUUUCAAUAUAGAUUUUUAGUAAAAAAAAUGCUUUCUCCUUCAGUUAAAAAGUACCCUUAUUUUUUCCUGGCGUACUAGAUGUUAUUCCUCUUGUGACUAACUUUCAGAUGUGUACAUCUCUGGUGUUUUUGUUAGAAUGAUCUGGCCUCUUCUGGACAUUGUCUUAUAAGUUGUCAUUUUAUAAUGUAAAAUACAUUACAUUCUAGUUUACUGAUAUAUACUGAAAAUGUUUAGGGUACAUUCAUUUUAAUUGUUGUAUUUGUGUGUUAAUGUAAUCAUCUUUGUGUGCAAUACUAUAAGGGCUGUGUCAUAGCCAUCAGUUAAAAGCUGAAGUCUUAACUUUUUAUGUAUUUAUUGAAAGAAGUGCAUACUUUUGCAAUGAAAAAUACGUAAUGCACCACUUUUAUUCAUGUGAUAUCAAGUGUACAGAGGAAAAUCUUACUGGUCAGACCUUUCUUUUAAAUAAAGUGUGUAGUCAGAUA